AUGCGCAAUUUCAGUGCCAUCAAAGAACAUGCUUCGGCAUUACACGCUGCAGCGCUAGGUGGUCACCUCGAGAUUGUGCAGCUUUUGGUUGACAAGGGAGCGGAUAUCAAUGCGAGUCACGGUAUAGUAUCUGGUUCGGCAUUGCACGCAGCAGCAAUGGAAGGUCAUCUCGACAUUAUAUCCCUUCUCCUCGAGUAUGGCGCCAAUAUCCAUGCUGAAAAAGAAGAGUAUGGUUCAGCGCUUGAGGCUGCCGCUGCUUAUGGACAUGAAUGGCUUGUUCGAGAGCUACUUGAACGAGGAGUCGAUGUGAACGAAAGGGGUGGCCAAUACAGAACCGCGCUCCAAGCUGCCUAUCACCUCUCCAACAGCGAGCAGGCACAAGAUAUGGCAAAGUUACUUCUUGACCAUGGUGCUGAUGUUCAUGUCAAAGGUGGUAUGUUUGGCAGCCCUUUGAACGUUGCAGCAGCAAAUCUACGCCUUCCGAAUAGCAGCAUCCAGCAGCUGCUGGAUUUGGGCGUCGAUAUCAACGAUUGCGAGGUAAUAAAUGGCAAAACAGCUUUACAAGCCACUUUAGAGAACUUUACCGACGACACUGAGCCCACAAAGUUAAUUGAAAGGCUUCAAUUUCUCUUCGAGCGCGGCGCUGAUGCUAAUGUUGGGGCGGAACUUUUCGGCUUCGCCCUCCAUUCAGCAGUGAUGGCCAAUCAUGAAAGCGUUAGGGUACCGCUCUAUCGGAAUGUAGGCUUGGAGUUUCUCCUUGACAACUACCCUGAUAUCAACGUCAAUGCAGAGGGAGGCAAAUAUGGCUCUGCGUUACAGGCAGCGGCAUACGCUGGUCAGCCUGAAUCAGUCAAGCUGUUGAUACAAAAAGGAGCAAAAGUCAAUGCACAGGGAGGAGGGUAUAGAAAUGCCUUGAAUGCAGCUACCAUCUGGGGAUUUUGGGAUAUUGUCACGAUCUUACUGGAUAAUGGUGCGGAGCCAGACUGUUAUCGAUCAGAGAAGCCGGAUGAAGAAUGGCUUUGUAGAAUGGUGGAGAAGUGUGGUCGAGGUGCUAGAGAAAGAUAUAAAAGGGUUUGGGAAAUGAAGAACCCAAAGCUCGACGUAGCUGACCGGGGUUUAUGAGACGAUGUGUAGCAGGGGCUUGGAUGGCUAUACAUAUAGAUGGUGAUACGGCAUGGCUGAGAGAAAGUCUGGGAGGAACCGAAAUGGUAGCUGGAGAAGUGCUGAACCACAUAAGUACAUAUACUGAUGACUAUAGAAUGUUGGUCAUCUUUCAUAGCGCAGAGACGAGUAAGCACGUUGUUUCCGUGCUAAUGCAUCAAAUACAGCCUAAAAGUGUUUCCCUUUCUUUCUCUCACGAAAA